AUUAGUCAAAUAUAAAUUACUUUUUACCAAGCAAGCUAUUAAAGACCGGUUUCAUUCCCGCAAGUCGGUUUCAACUGCACGCGCUCAACAUUCCGAUCGUUUUUCGUUCAUAAGUUUUCUCGGAGAUCAGAAAAUCGGAAGUUAAGCUCAAAUCUGUAAUUCUCACAGAUUGCUUCCAACUCUACUCCUCAAUUGAAUCAGUGAUUGCUCCAAAAAUCUCAAGUCUCCAUCUUAACAAUCUUUCGUAUUAAGGGUUGUACCGUUGUAGAAGUCUCUGAGUUGACUUCAUGGAGGGAGUUGAAGUUGAUGGUGGUGAUGCAGUUCUAUCACCACUAGCAAAGUGGAAAGAUGAAAUUUCUAGGACAUUUCGCUACUAUUUGGAUAGGUCUGCUCCUUAUACCUUCCGCAGGUGGCUUGGAACAUUGACAGCUGCAUCAAUAUAUAUGUUGCGUGUUUACUAUGGUCGUGGAUUCUACGUCAUCUCAUAUGGUGUAGGAACCUAUAUUUUGAAUUUGUUGAUUGGGUUUCUGUCACCAAAGGUGGAUCCUGAGCUGGAAGCUUCGGAAGGUGCUUCUUUGCCACCUAAAGACAAUGACGAAUUUAGACCUUUCGUUCGCCGGCUGCCUGAAUUUUUGUUCUGGUAUGCAACAACAAAAGCUUUCAUCGUAGCCUUCCUGAUGACCUUCUGCUCUAUAUUUGAUGUCCCAGUAUUCUGGCCAAUAUUGUUAUGUUACUGGAUUUUUCUCUUUGUCCUCACUAUGAAGCGUCAGAUCACACACAUGAUUAGAUACAAGUAUGAUCCAUUCAACAUUGGGAAAAAGAAGCAUACUGGGAAUAAAUCUGAUUGAGGCAGUAGUAGCUUUAUGUCAGGAGUGAUUUGUGAUAUCUUGUCAAGGGUAGUGAAUGUCCCCUCCUUUGUUUUGAGAAACUUGUGUAAAUAUUCUUCUUCUUGAACAUGUAUCCCAUGCACAUGUAAAUGUUGCGAAAUAUGUAGAUUUGCUUCCUGCAGAUAUAAAAGCAAGUGUUGAGAGUUACCAUGAA